ACCACAGUCCAAAACAAAUGACUGGACAAUUUUGUUUAUGCCCGGGCUCGAACUUUGUACUGCCAGUGUGACAGUUUGACUUGCGUGACAACAAACUCCACCGUAGAGUGGCGUAGACAAUUCUGUGCCACCGGCGAUCUCGAAGUACGCUUGAACUAAGAUCAUUAUCAGCAUUGGAGUCGGCUCCAUCUCCAGCUCCGGACCCAAGAGUCUAGGGUUUUGGAGCAUAACAUGGCACCAUCAACGAGUACGGCACUCAAGCUUGAAAAUUUUGUCGAAUCUUUGGAUUUUGCCUCCUUGUUUGGAGGACGGUGGAAGCUAUGGCAGUUUCCGAAAUUCUCCGUACUAGAUGCGUCGUGCUAAUUUUCAAGUAUGGGUGGAAUUGCACUGCAAAUGAGGAGAUUUUCAACUAAUAGUUUUCGCUUGGGAAGAUGAAUCGUGCAAGAGCAGGAAGUUGCAUUCAUGCGCCUAUCUACAUAGAGUCUAGUGAUUCCUCACUUGUGGUUUUGAAUGAGCACUCUGCUUUGACCGGCCUGACUGCAGAAAGCGCUGUUCAUGGAGUUGUCAACCAGGAAGCUCAGGAAUAUUUGGAAGGUGUUGUGAAUAGCUACAGUAAUGCAACUAUGACGUUCAAGACUACAGCUGAUAAUGGUGACAAUGGAGAAACUGUCCCUAUCCAGACUAUUCAAGUACCUAUUGCUGGGGAUUUAACAAGCAAUGACGAGUUGGCUCUGAGAGCAUCUCAACAGCUAUCAAUUGGCGGACGUGGAUGCGCAAAUAAUAUGCUCAAUGAACCUCUAGAUUUCCAAGUGCAAAGUCAUGGUGUUUGUUUGCCAGAAGAUGCUGGCACUGGUGGAGUUCGGCAUUCACCGAGGAAACGUAAUCAGGUUAAUUACUAUGAAGGACCAGCGAGAUCUGCUAAAAAGGUGCCAAGGAAUGCAAGCGAAAAGCCUUGCAGCGGUGGGCAGAUGAAGAAGAAGUUUACAAGUCUAAGGAUCCGAGCAUCCUUCUAUCCCUAGUGACGAGGUUUUGGAUUCAGAAAGAAGGGCAAGAAACAAGGCCUUAAUUUCUUUCUCACUAGAUUCUCUCUUCUGUGUCCCGUUAGCUUUACCUCAUGUUUGUUUUGUAACGAGUCCAGGAUGCUAGAUUGUGUAUGCAACUUUUACAUACAAUGUAACAUUUGAACAACCUUCUAAGUUUUUUUUUUUUUGGGAAAGCAGAAACUUUAUUUGAAGAGGCUCAGUAUUCUGACAUACUGUUGGAUGUUUUUCUCUAACUUGUUGAUGUGGAGGAAGAAUCAUGUAGGGUUUGUCCUUUGCUGGGACGUCAUUUACAUGUUUGGAGUCAGGAGUAUAACUGGAGCAUUUGCAUGCCGUAGAUAAGCACUGUAGACGGUGCUGUCCCUCUAGUUGCUUCCAUUCCUCCUUUUUUCUGGUUUGGCUUGUCUAACCAGUCGCGGGCUUCUUUGAAGUUAGCUCAAUCUAAUCCGUAGAUCUUAUUAAUUGUUAGAUCCCAGUUCUUGGAAGCAAGAUCUUUUUCCUUUUCCAUUUUGUGAAAAUCAUGUUUUGAAGUUUGCACCCCAUUUAAUUUGCAUUUGGUAAGCCAUGUCAAAGCUGGCUUUUUGUAGUGAUUUCCAUGUUUCCUUGGCUUGAAAAUUUAUGUAAAGGUAUGAAGCUUGAAAAUGAUGUUGACUAAAAAUAUACCUUUAACGUAGUAUCAAUUUUCUUGCCUUGCUGUGGAGGCUGGAUUAAGGAUUAAGAACAAAAGGGAGAGAGAGGUCCUUUUUCCCUCUUUCAGAACAAGAUGGAGGCAGAUUUGAUUAAUGGUGGCUUUAACUUUUUACAAAUAAUGUUUUUAGUGUUGGUAAUCUAUCGUUUUUAUGUUGCGGGUAAGUGUUUCUGCUAGUUUUUGCUUGAUCUGUUACUGUUAGUGAUUAAUCUCAUCGCUGUUAAUGAUGCCACGUCCGUUAAUAAUUACAAUUUGAAUACAACUACUGAUUCUUCAUCUCAACCAAUUGCGAAGAGCAAAUGACUGACAGGAAGAAUUCAUCUAGGCAAGGAACAACCUAAUACAGCCCCCACUCAGCAGCAGCAGCAGCAGCAGCAGGAACUCCAACAACCCACCGUCACCACCGUCAACUCCAACAAAAGUUAAUCCAUCCACUCCACUCCACCGUCACCUUGCUACAGUGUGAAGAUGGACGCUUCCUCCUCCGAGCAGAACUCUGCGAACCAGCAAUCAUUUCAACAGCCACACUCCGGUCAACUCCAACAACCCACCGUCACAGACACCCCUCCUUUAACAAAUCAUCUCUCCUGCCCGAACACCUUACCUCCACCCCGGCCACCCCCGUAUCCAAAGUCUUUCAAAGACCAACUCUUAAACUCAUUACAGAUUGAGUUUAAUACCCCGCACCCUGUCGAAGCAACAAAUGUCAACCCCUCCCUUGCUGCAAACAUCUCAAACCAUAUGUCUACUGACGCUGGCUCUAAUACACUAUCCAUAUACUUUCCCGACUCACUCUGAGAAAGAUUUAGGACUCCUUGGAAUCUUACCCUCAUAGUGAAACCUUUGGGGAAAAGUCUGUGUUUCAAGUAUUUUGAUCUAAGCAUUAGGCGCAUCUGGAAAACUGCAGGCCCAUUCUCAACACUGGAUCUCGGUAGAGACUACUUUGCAACCAAAUUUUCAAAUCCGGAGAACUAUCAUAAAAUACUAACUGGGGGACCAUGGUUCAUCAACAAAACCUUCAUCACCAUCAGAAAGUGAUGCCCGUUUUUCAACGCUUUGGAAGCUACAUCAAUGACCACAACCCUUUGGAUCCGACUCCCAGGCCUUCCUCUCGAAUUCUAUGAUGCAGAAGCUCUCAGCCUCAUUGGUAACAAGAUUGGCAAAUUAAUCAAGAUUGAUGCUAUAACAGCAAACACCGAAAGAGGAUGGUUUGCUAGAUUAUGUGUAGAUUAUGCAUCGAAGUGGAUCUUACUGAUCCCAUACCCACAACCAUUGUGUUGGAUAGUUACAUCCAACCGAUUCUAGUAGAAAGCUUAUCCUUUUGUUCCUGUUGUGGCAAAUUGGGCCAUGACCAAGCCUACUGCACAAAACUUCCCCUACUACAAGCUGCGACACCGGCAAAGUCAUAAGGACCGGGACCAUGGUCACACAUUCCGACCAAAUCCAGGAGAACAGCUCUGGGAAACAAACAUCACCCACCAUCUCGGGCUAUUUCUUUCAAAUUCAAACCACCUCUUAAAGGCCAAGACUCCUGGUCAACCCUGCCAUAAUAAUUUUAAUGCGGCCCUUUUGUCAAAUCCUAAAGUCAGAACUUCUUGGAAGAAGAAACCUUUUCUCUCAGAUAAGAGGGACCCAAACCCUUUUUCACCUCUCAAGUAGGUCUUAGACCUAGAUGCUUUUUCUCCAACCCCCAAUAAAUCUAGGGAAAAUUGCAGAAACCUCCCCUGAAACUACUGACAGUUGCACUGAGCUCCCCUCUAAGUUCUGAAAUGGCAGAUAGCACCCCUCAACAGGAACAUUAAGUUGCAAAAUCAGUCCAGGCAGCUUCAAUUCCCAUUAAAAAAUUAGCUGUACAAGUGAGAUAAAAAAUUUGUUCCAAAUUUGCCCUGAUGUUGGUUGACAAGUAGUAUUAACAAGGGAGGGGCUUUUUCAUUAAGCACAAGGAAGUUCAGGGGGUAUAAAUGCAACAACAUGCUUCCAGAUGAUGACCUGCAACAACUUCAUUUGCUGAGAAACCAACGGCUACUUAACGGCUAAUUGAUGUAACUAAGGCACUAGCUUAUAAACGAUGGUCAGUAGCAAAAUGAAUACCAGAAUCUGGACUCAUGUAUGCAUCAGCAAUUUUCCAGC